AUGUCGUUGACACGCGCCUUGACACGGCCCAGCGCGCUCUCGUGGCGUGGCGCUCGCCCAUUAUCGACGAUCGUCGAAGACGAAGUGCGGAAAUUCAAUGCCGUGUCCUCCGAUUGGUGGGCGCCUACAAGCACGACCGGCGUGGGGCUCCUGCACCAGCUGAAUCCAGUGCGUGUCAAGUACAUUCGCAGCCACGUGAUAGAUCACUUUGCACGCACGACGGAUGCCGAUCCCAUGCCGCUGCGUGGACUCAACGUGGCCGAUAUCGGCUGUGGCGGCGGCAUUCUGUCCGAAGCAUUGUGUCGCAUUGGAGGCACACUGGUGUCGGUCGAUCCCGGACACGACAACAUCGCGGCGGCGAGAAAGCACGCAGCAAUGAGUCGUCACACGAGCAGUAUCGACUACCGUCUCUGCACGUCGGAUGACCUGGUAGCGCAAGGAGAGCGAUUUGACGUCGUAUGCUCGCUGGAAGUCAUCGAGCACGUGGCCGACGUGCCGGCAUUCUUGCACUCCCUCACGCCCUUGGUCAAGCCUGGUGGUCUCCUGUUCAUCUCGUCGAUCAACCGCACUCUGCUGUCAGCCGCGCUUGCUAUAGGAGCUGCGGAAUACGUAUUGCAAGUCGUCCCACCAGGAACGCACGAGUGGAACAAGUUUGUGCAACCUGAGGAGAUUGAGGCAGAAAUAAGGAAAGAUGGCCUUGCCGUACAGGACGUGUCAGGUAUCGUGGGUGAUCCAAUAUUCCGGAGCUGGCGUAUACAUCCGACAUGCACCGACAUCAACUACAUCAUGUGCGCGACUAAGCCGCAUGAGUAG